AGACCUAAACGAGUGACUCGCUCAAGAUGAUUUUUAUCUUUGAAAGUAGGCCUGCCCAUCUCAAUCUCGAACGCCAUAAGUAAGAAGCAGUAGCUCCCAGUAGUACCACUAAGAAUCUUCUUAAUCUUCUUCUUUGAAGAGCGUCAUAUAUAAGUUUCAUCAACCAAGAGAGAAGAUUUACUGCUAUCUAAAUUCUUCAUGCUCGGCAUCCUGUUUCUUCUCGUUCUUUGUUUGAGCCAUCUUGUCAACGGCGAUAGCGAGAGAAAGGCCUCAGACGAAGCAGGAGCCACCAGCACGGCUAGAAACUCUAGUCCACAAACACGAAACUCCCUCUCCCCGAGGACUAGCUCAACUAGAGAAAGAACAAGAGGCAUGAGAUAGUCGUGCUGGUGUACAACUAGACUAGUAGGUGUCGCGCCAAAGUGUUCCUGAAAGUAGAUUUUCCAUACUAGAUUAGUUUGCCCUGUUGCCCCCUCCUCUUUUCUCCCACACACAACUUCUACGCCCUUUUUUCUUUACCGAACUAGAGAGCCCUAAGUCAUGUCCGCCGCCGCCUCGAUCCGUACUUCGGUCCGGCAAACCCGGUUCUUCGCGACCACAGUGAAGCGCGCCGUUGACGCCCCGGCGCGGAUCGAACUGAAGAUGGGCGUAGGGCUUCGGAACCGGCGGCCGAAGGUAUGGGACGGCACGGGGGAGGUGAACAGGUUGAAACCGGUGUACUCGAAAGACCAAGUGAAGGAGUGGCGAGAAACCUUCAAAAUGCCCAAGCUGCAGCAUUCGCUGGGCAGACCGAGCUACAGUGACGACGACAUAUUAACUUGGAGAGCGGUCUUUGACAAGUAUAACAAAGAUCGUUGGACUGUUCGACAACUCUCGAACUACUGUAGACGGAUCGAAAUCGAAUUGACUUUCCAAAACAGGUGCAGGCGUUUAAGUAGUGCACCUCAGUGCCACUGUCAACUACACGCUAGUGAUUACUUAUGUUGACCCCGUCCUCUUCGAAGUAAACAUCGAACAAAUAUUAACUCAGGUACUGCAGUGGGCAAUCCGGACAGAUCAACCUGACAAACUUUCAGAAGCUACUGCAGGAAAAGUACCCCGACAUUCCGGAGAAGGAACUUCCUUCGCUCGUCAUGCGACACUGGAAGCAGUUCGAUUUGGACGGGAACAACUUUAUCGAUUUCGGCGAGUUCUGCAAGGUGUCCUUCAAAGUGGACGUGUCCAGGAUGCGGGAGUCGAUUUUUGACGGCGGGAACAAGGAGAAAAUGAAGGAAAUUUUCUUGAAGUACCAAGAAGACGGCUACAUAACGGAGACCGGCCUGUUUCAAAUGAUGGAAGACUACCGGUUCACCUGCGCAACCACGAGCGAUUUGCGAAAGUUGUUGAGCCUGAUUGACUAUCCAUUGCAAAUUAUGUCUGGGUCUAGAAGACGAGCGCAGGUUUGUCAUGCUCAGCCAGCAUGACUCUCAAGUCUGUCAUGCAGGUUAUGCAAAAGCCCCGACUUUCUGUCAUGCAAAAACCAACGUACUUUGUCAACACACAACACGUAGCAAGUCAGAAACUUGUCAUGCCGAGCCGUCACUUGUGGCCUCCUCAUGAUUUGCCUCUCAGCGUCACAAGUUUCCAGACCCAGACACUUUUACAGUCCACAUUUACAAGGACAAGGACAACAUGCUGUCGGAGCUGGAUUUUGAGUCCUGGGCAAAAUCCGAAAAAGACUGA